AUGGCUCUACAGUUGUUUGCUCGUCUGGGAGACGAAGGGUACAAACCGGAUCGAGUAUCAGUUCUUGGUGCUCUCAAGGCUUGUUCCAGCUUGAUAGAGAAGGAUUCCGGGCAGGCUUUGGAUGGUCAACUGGUGGUAUUCUUAGAGAGGAGCAGGGAGAUUCACAGGAAAGCAGUAAAACUUGGCUUAGACUCGGAUCUCUUCGUCGCGAGCACCUUGAUUGAUCUUUACGCAAAAUGUGGGAGCUUGACAGAGGCUCGUCGAGUUUUCGAAGGAAUGAGCCAUCGUAGUGUGGUGACAUGGAACUGCAUGAUUCUCGGGUAUGCCAGCAGCGGCGAGGGUGGUGAAGCUCUCGAUAUCUAUGCUCGAAUGCGUCGUGGAGACACUCCACCGGAUGCUUUAACUUUCAUCGCAGCGCUGAAAGCUUGUUGCCGUCUUGCGGACGAGGAACUUGCCCAUGCCCCGGCACGCAUUCGUGGCAUGUUUGUUCCCCCAUCGAUGGAUCGAUCAGUUGUUUAUGGUGAAGAAGAAACGGAAGUCUUGAAGAUUCAGAGCUUCGAAAAAGGAAGGGCCGUUCGCUUGGAAGCUGGUGAGCACUAUUCAAACAUCUUAGUGACCAACACACUUGUGGAGUUCUAUGCCAACUGUGGGAGCAUGGUGGAGUCUCGCAGUUUCUUCGACAGUAUUGAACGUCCAGACGUGGUUUCUUGGAACUGCCUCACUCUUGGUUAUGCUCAGAACGGCAAAGGCGAGCAAGCUCUUGAGAUAUUCUUUAGCAUGGACGAGAAUGGUUGCGCUCCAGAUCGUGUCACAGUUCUUGCUGCACUAAAGGCCUGUGUCACCUUGGCUGAGAAGGAACAGGGCCAGAUUGUCGACGGAGGCGUCGUUAAGCUUCGGGCUUUGCAGAGAGGCAAGGCCGUGCAUGCUCGAGCUCUCGCUUUUGUGGACGGAGAAGACCUCUCGGUUCAUAAUGCUCUCGUUGACAUGUACGCCAAGUGUGGAGGCAUGGUGGAUGCUUGGGUGGUUUUCCAAGAUAUGGUGGUGCGACUUGGACGGGGAUAAUCCUGGGGUAUGCUUGCGGCGGCCAGCACAAGCUCGUCUUACAAUCGUUCGAAAGCAUGCAAGAGGAAGGUGUUAAGGCAGAUCAUGUCACUGCUACUGCUGCAUUUAAGGCUGUUGCGACUCUAGCAGAGAAUGAAGACCGCAAGCUUGUGAAGAAAUAGCUGGAGAAAGGCAGAGCUCUCCACUUGCAAGUCGCAAGGAUUUGCGAACUGGAUGACUACUUUUCGGUGGAUAUGUAUACCAAGUGUCAAAGCAUGGCGGAAGUCUUCACAGCAUCAAAGGCCCCUUGAUCUUGGGAUAUAGUCGGUUUGGAGAACCCGAGCGAGCUCUGGAGUUCUACACUCGGUUGCUGCACGAGAAAAGCUUGUAACCGGACGUACGUUGCUGCUCUCAAAGCCUGCGCUGAGCCUUGCAGCACUGGACUUCGGGCAGCAGAUUCACGUACAAGCUUGCAGUGCUGGACUGGAUACAGAGGCAUCGGUGGGAAGUUCUUUCGCUCAAAACGAGGCGCUCAAAGAGCGUGGCCUUGCAAGGUGGACGCGGUGGUGUGGAUGGCAUUCUUAAGUUCGUGCCUCAAGUGGAGAAAUGUGGAGCUUGGCAGGAUGGCCUUCAAGUCGGUUCUCAAGCUCGACGAUGGAACAGGCUCUGCGUACUCUCUCACGUCCAACAUCUAUGCCCGAGGAAGGCAUGGGGACUCAAGAGAAAGGAACAGAACACAAGCGAAGAACAGCGAAGAACAAGGAUAAAGCAAGGAGAGGGGAAGCGGUUUAAAGGAAGAAGAGCGCUUGAACGUGGAUGAUGGUGUGCUUUGGAUCAACGUAGCCAGUGGAAGUUAGAAAAAUGGAAGAACGAGGUGAAAACAUUGACAGCGAAAGAAAGCUUUUUGAUCCUGUGAUCUCCAGGUUUGCGGAUACGGUGAAAAAACUCAGUUUUGGUGGUGUAGUAACUUUUUGACUUUGUAGGGUUGAACACGCAACAAAUAAAAGGGAAAGAGUUGACGGCUUAUAAAUUCCCACA